AUUGCAACCAAUUGCAAGAACAGGGAGAAUUUCAGUAAGGGGAAAGUGUGUUAAUUAUCUAUUCAAGAUGUUCACACUUGCUGCAGUGUUUCAUGUGUUUUCAUAUCUGCUGAAGCAAAGCAAAAAAAGUGGUGUGCUGGGGCAGUGUGCAUGCAUGGCUUAGAGCUGAAUAGAUGUAAAUGGUUAAAAAGGGGUUCUCUGCUAGAGAGGAGGAGGGGAAAGUAAGAGUGCAUUCCCAAAAAAGUACAUUCCCAAAAUAAAAAGCUUACAUCAUGGACCUCUUCAGUUUUCCCACACUUCGUUCCUAAUUAUUGUCCUGCAGGACAGCUGAUCUGUUUCAAACAGGAAGCUGUUUACAGAUAACACUUGCAACUGUUUUGUCUGAUUUGUUGAACUGUCGAAAAGCAAAAGACAACCUCUUUUCAAAUUAAAAACUGUCAGACUUCUGUAAACAGCAGCAAUGAGGUUCAUCUGUGCAGUGUCCCUGCAGGCACAGAGCAUUCUGCAGUUCCCAUUUUCUCAGCAGCCAUAAGGCCAUUUAAUUCUGCUCUCCAGCUUGUCUGUCAAGAAUCCUUAUCACCAGUCUGCUGGGUGCUCAUGCUGAAACUGCCUAAUUUCCAGGCUUUCAGCUGUGUAUCUGAACCACUUGGCUUGAAAGCCUCUUUGUCUGAUCUUCUGAAUCCUGAAAUGCCCCUGCUAAAAAAAAAAGGAGUCAGUGACCUGUAAGUGCUCAUUAUGAAGAGAGAUCUGGUUUUCUUGGUGACUCUAAUUAGCCUUGCCUUCCUGUCACUGCUAAGGUCUGGAUAUCCUCAACACAUUGCAGAGGAGUCCUGCUCUGUUCAGAUCCUUGUUCCAGGCCUCAAAGGGGAGGCUGGAGAAAAGGGGGAGAAAGGUGCUCCGGGUCGUCCAGGCAGAGUUGGACCUCCAGGAGAAAAAGGAGAAAUGGGGGACAAAGGACAGAAAGGCAGCAUAGGACGGCAUGGAAAAAUUGGUCCCAUUGGUUCAAAAGGUGAAAAAGGAGAUAAUGGUGACAUAGGACCACCAGGUCCUAAUGGUGACCCAGGCAUCCCCUGUGAGUGCAGCCAGCUAAGGAAGGCUAUUGGUGAAAUGGAUAUCCAAGUAGCCCAGCUGACAACGGAACUAAAAUUCAUAAAAAAUGCACUGCCCUCCCCCGCAGCUGUUGCUGGUGUGCGUGAGACAGAUAAUAAGAUAUAUCUGCUGGUGAAGGAGGAGAAGAGAUACAAGGAAGCCCAACUCUACUGCCAUGGAAGAGGAGGGACGCUGAGCAUGCCCAAGGAUGAGACUGCCAACAGUCUGAUUGCCUCGUACAUCAACCAAGCUGGGCUCACCAGAGUUUUCAUUGGGAUUAACGACCUCGAGAAAGAGGGAAAUUUUGUCUAUUCCGACCGGUCGCCCAUGCAGACCUUCAACAAAUGGCGCAGCGGGGAGCCCAACAAUGCUUACGAUGAGGAGGACUGUGUGGAGAUGGUGGCCUCUGGAGGGUGGAACGAUGUUGCAUGUCACAUUACCAUGUAUUUUGUGUGUGAAUUUGACAAAGAAAAUGUCUAAGCUUCUCUUCUCUUUCUUUAUUUUAAGAAAAGUUUUUAAGCUGAUUUUACAAGUUACUCCAUGUUUAUGAGUUCAAGUGGCAUUUUGCAAGUAUGUGGCACCAAUGUUGUACAGCUGUAAAUACAAUUUAGGUAUUUCAAAUAUCAGUAUUUACCCUUCAGAAGGGAAGAGCAAUAAUAAGACAUAGCUUGGGGU